UAAGCUGUAUACUAAUAAUAACAUAAAUAAUAUUUUUAACUCGUUCUUUUAACACCUAAGAACAAUUUGAAGUCAUGAAAAUUAAAAAAUUUUCGCUAUUAAUUUUCACAUUUAUGCAUGCUUUUCAAUUUAUGGCUUGCGGAAAAACACCACUUCUAAAAAUAGAUGGUAGCGUUUUGAUUGGUGGAUUAGUUGCAGUUCAUGAUGCAGGGGGUAAUAACAACUUACUAUGCAGUAAUAACAUAAGUAUGUUUGGCAUAAUGAGAGUAGAAGCAAUGCGUUAUGCAAUUGACAAGAUUAAUAAAGAUCCUGAUCUUCCUUUCUCCAAUGGAAUGAAAUUAGGUAUUGAAAUUCGUGACUCUUGUGGAACUGAAACAAUAGCACUAGAUGAGUCUUUACAGUUUAUAAAUGCUGAUGAGCUGUCAUGCAAAAGUCAAAUAGCCAAACCGUUUUAUGGUGUUGUAGGAGAUGGUUCAAGCGUUUCUACUGCUUCAGCAGCAAGUUUACUAUCGCUCUUUAAAAUACCAUUGAUAUCUUACGGUGCUACAAGUACAGAGCUUUCUGAUCAAUCAAAGUAUAAGUUUUUACUUCGAACAGUUCCUGAUGAUUCACUUCUGUCACUUGCUAUGUUAGAUUUUAUAGAAAAACUAGCUUGGACAUCAGUUUUCCUUCUUUAUUCAAGUGGAUCGUAUGGGGAAUUUGGCUAUGCUUCAUUUAAAAAGGCAAUUACACAAAAAAAUAGCUCGCUUUGUAUUGUUGAUCGAAAAAAAAUUCCUCCUGGUGCUUCAGUAUCCGAUCUGAAAAAAAUUAUAUCAGAGUUUAAUAGAUACCCUAAAAUUACCGGAAUUGUUUGUUAUUGUGAGACUCCUGACGCUAAAACCAUUGUGAAAGCAAUUAAUGAAAAAAAUCUUACAAAUCAUUAUCGAAUAAUUGGAAGCAGUAUGAUUCCGUGGUAUCAAGUUAAAACUAACAACACCGUCAGUUUUUCGCUUUACCGUAAAGAUAGUUCAAUGGAAAAUGAUUUUUAUAAAAACUGGUAUUCUAGUCUAUCUCCUGAUAACUUUACCACCAAUGAUACCGCUCAACAUACCUACGAAAGUAUAUUUAAAAAAUUUUGGAAACACGCAUGCAUAAAAAAUGAACGUCGUACAAACUUAAACUUAAAUUGUGACAACACCACAAACAGUUCGUUUAGGUUUUGUUUAAACUCAACAAUUGAGGAAACUUGCCGGAAAGACGAUGUUUUAUCCUACAUCUUUGAUGCUAUUUAUGCUUUUGCUCAUGCAAUACACGACGUUCUUAAUAACGUUUAUAAGGGAAAUACGACGUUAUUUUUGAACCAAACUAUUGAUGAAUUAGGGUUUUUUGAGCAUUUAAAAAACGUUUCUUUUAACGGCAGCACAGGAUUUAUAAGUUUUUACAACAUUAAUGCCCAUUAUGGGAUUUAUUACAAAGAAGAACUAAUAAAAAUUGGACUUUGGAAAUCAUCAGUAGGAUUGAAUAUUUCUAAUGAGUUUGAUUUUAAAAUAAACAGUACUUGUCAAAACCAAUGCCAAUUAUGUUCUAAAAAAGUGUUCACUUCAGAAAAAUGUUGUUGGACAUGUGAAAAAUGCAAAGAAAACGAAUACGUUGAAAAUAAUGUUUGUAAAAUCUGUCCUAAUGACCACGGACCCAAUGAAAGUUGUAAUGGUUGUAAAAAGUUACCUGAAAAAAAAAUGGAAAAAGUUUGGCAAAUUACAAUUGCAACAUUAUGCAUUUCAGGUUUCGUAGCAACAUUAACCACUAUAUUCACAUUUUUUAAACAUAAUUCAACUCCACUUGUAAGAGCAUCUGGAAGAGAAAUAACGUACUUAAUAUUAACAGGAAUUAUGUUAAUGUAUCUGUUACCUAUUUCUUUGUUAAAUUCUUACACGAACAGCAUGUGUGCAGCAUUUAGGUUUGGGGUUGGAGUGUGUCUUUCUGUAUGUCACGCAUCGCUCUUUAUUAAAACCACACGAAUUGAUAGAAUAUUUUCAGGACGCCAAGAUCUACUUUUUAUAACUCCGCAUUGGCAAAUUGUUUUAACAGUUUUUUUUAUUGUACCCCAAAUAUGCAUUUCAUGUAUCGGGCUAUAUCAAAACAAAUACAAACUAGUGCGAGAAAAAGAUAAAAUGGUGCUAAAAUGCUAUUCCGAAUCAGUAGAUUUUUUUGCCACUGUGGCCUAUAACUUGUUGCUAAUAUUUUUAACAGCUUAUAAAGCAUUUAAAACUCGCAAAGUUCCUUCAAACUUUAAUGAGUCACGUUACAUUGGAUUUGUUAUGUACACUUCGAUUGUUGUUUGGUUGACAUUUUUACCGUUUUUCUUUAGUUCUUCCACCGAACUUCAAACAUUAUCAGUUAUUUUGGAUACAAUUAUAGUUGCAACAACAUUUCUAGUAGGCCUCUAUGGUGUUAAGAUGUAUAUACUUUUGCUAAGGCCAAAUAAAAACAAAAAAGCGCACUCAGUAACAUUUUUUGAAUAUAAAUCAGAAUCUUCAAAUGGAACAGUUGUUAUUGAACCUGACAAACAAAGCAUACAAUUAUCUAUUUGUAAAAACCUUGAUCGCAGUAGUUAAGAGACAAAAGGGUUGCUUUAUGAAAAAAUCAUACUAAGGGUUUGAGAUCUUAGAUAUAUCUAAACGUUAUGAAGAAGCGCUGUAUGUAAAGAUAAAAAUAAAAUGUUGAGAAAAAGAAAAUAUGGCAGUAAAAUAA